AGCGGCUCCGGGGACAACUCCGGGGACACCCAUGGGGCGCGGGCGGCCCUAGGCUGCUCGUCGGCCGCAGCAUGCCGGGCCCCCUGCGCCUGCUGGGGCUGCUCUGGCUCUGCAGCCUCUGCCGCGGCUACUUCGAGGGGCCGCUGUACCCGGAGAUGUCCAACGGGACCCUGCACCACUACUUCGUGCCCGACGGGGACUACGAGGAGAACGACGACCCCGAGCGGUGCCAGCUGCUGUUCCGGGUGAGCGAGCAGCGGCGCUGCGGGCCGGCGGCGCCGGGCGGCGGGCUCAGCCUGCGGGAGGAGCUGACGGUGCUGGGGCGGCAGGUGGAGGACGCGGGCCGGGUGCUGGAGGGCAUCGGCAGGAGCAUCUCCUACGACCUGGACGGCGAGGAGAGCUACGGCGCCUACCUGCGCCGCGAGUCCGCGCAGAUCAGCGACGCGUACUCCAGCUCGGACCGCUCGCUGAGCGAGCUGGAGGGCAAGUUCCGCCAGGGGCAGGAGCAGGGCGGCCGGGAGGAGUCCCGCCUGGGCGACAGCUUCCUGGGGCUGCUGCUGCACGCCCGCGCCCUGCUCCGAGAGACCCGCCACAUCUCCAGCGGGCUGCGCGACAAGCACGACCUGCUGGCCCUCACCGUGCGCAGCCACGGCGCCCGCCUCAGCCGCCUCAAGAACGACUAUCUGCGCUCCUGAGAGCGCAUCCCGCCCCGGCUGGAGCCGCGCAGCCCGCCCCGCCUUCAAACGGGACCCCCGGCCCUGCCGCCAACCCCCCCAACCCGGACGGCACAGCCCCAGGAGCACCUCCUUGCACACAAUCCUGGGUUGGGAAAGACCUCCCGGGAUCACCGAGUCCAGCCUUCGACUGAAUACCGCCACCCUGCCCACUAAACCAUGUCGCGAAGUGCCACAUCUGCUAAUUUUUUGGACGCUUCCAGGAAUAGUGACUCCACCAAAAUGCAUCCUUCUUCGUGGAAAAA